AGCCAUAAACAUGAAACAAUCACGGAUAUCCAAACGAACAACCCGAAACCGAAACCGACACAGAGUCGCCCGGUCAGACCGCGGGCUGACCGGUCUGACCGCUCGCAUAGCGCCAGUCUGACCGGCAUCACCUGCCCGGUCUAACCGGACCUGACAAAACAGCAGUACCUGUAUAUCACCUGUAAAUCCAAUCAUCUCAAAAACUCCUAUCCAAUCAUCUCCAAAUAUCAAAACCAAUAAUCUCAAAUACCAAUUAUUUAUCACAGAAUAAGAAUCAAAACACACUUUGAUCUUACAGUAUAGUCAGCGGAAUACGAACCGAAAGAGACACCAACAAAACCAUUCUAUCGAAUGGAGAACUGCCAACUGAUAAUAGAAAGCACAAGACGCUAUUAUUGAUUUUCUAUUUGGUUAGUGCCUAUAAAACCCAUAACAAAUAGCUGAUCAGUUCAAGCAAUUUCAUCCAAGAACAAACAUCUAUAUACUAUAAAAAGUACAAGUUCAUCCCUAAUCCUACAAUCCUUCAGAUCCACUAUCACGUGGGACCCACCUGUCAUCCCUAAGAAAGAAAUCAUGCACCAUCGUCGCGCACGAAGAAAAAAAAAGAAACGCUGAAGGGACACACGAUCCCACGAUCAGAUAAGAAAAAAGGAGGAAAAACCGCUCGUGACCGAGAAUGGCGUCACUAUGCCGCCCGGCGCCAGCGAUCCAUGCAUUCACCGCCGUGUGCGCCCUCCCACCGCCCGCUCUCCACGCCUGCCGUCCGUCGCCGCUACACCACAACACCGUGCGCCGCCACUGCGAACCAUUAAUUCCGCUCGCAGCCAUCGCACUUCCACGCCGCGCGCCACCAACCGUCCCUGGAUGCUGCACACAGGUGGUGCCGGCCCAACCCCAGCGCCGCCGCUUCCCAAGGUGUUUCACGCCUCCGGCGCCGUCCUUCUCGGCCGGAGUCGCGCCUGAACCUGCAUAUUCUCGGGGAAAGCUCUACCGACUGCCUCACGAUCCCCUCCACCCACGUCUCCUUCCACGACCAUCGCUGGCCCACGAAUGCGUUGGCAAAGGUGGCGCAGCCCCUGCCCAAGACGGAUUUCAGCCGUGCCGCCCACGUCCUGGGCGGGAUCCACCUUCACUCGUGGGGCUCGCCUGUUCCACCACCACCCGUGACGGUUCAACCCUCGCUGUCGGCCUGCCGCUGACCGGGAAGGGAGCAAUCCGCGUCGCCGGCGGUGAGUUUCUCUAAGACUAUUGAGUUGCUUGAACGCUUCAAAGACUUCAGGCACCAACCUGAAGCUCUUAUUCUUUGAGGCCAACAAGUUCAGGGAACAAUGAAGAAUCGUUAAAAUACUAUAAGCAGGAAGGUCCCUUGAAGGAUUUCAGCGAGAGGGGAACCAUGAAUCAGCUUUGGUUGCUUAGAUCAGAAUGCUCCUUCCGAAGUAAUUUUUGUUACAGCAUUUCCCCAACGUAUUAUGCACAGCUAUCUAAUUUGAAGCUAUAAAUUCAAUGUUGUAUUAUUUUUGUUAUAUACAAGUAUAUUGAAAUGAGGUAUGCCUUCACCUUGUUUUUUUGGGUGGAAUUGAGGCAAAUGGAAAAGGGCAAAAGAUUGGCCAUCAA